AUGGCUGUGGGCGACGAAACUCCGACUCCGCCCGCUGCGGCAGCAGUGCAGCGCGAGCUGAACGACAACGAUCUCGACCCAGCAGCCUUCUUGAAGAGCGUGCGGGAACUCUCCGAAAGGCGCGAUCGCGAAGACACGGAGCGCUUCAGACAGCUCGAAGAGGAAGUGCGGAAGCAAAAGGAAGAGCGGGCGGCGAGACGCAGAGAACGAGCUCGAUCCAUUUCUCCCACCAAACCGACGCACUCGACCACACCUAAUCGUCCGUUGUCGCGCGCCACCACCAAUGCCAGUCUGGUCUCCUCCCCGCCUGUGAGCAUCGGCCCUCCAACAUCCUCCGGCUCGCGCGAAUACACCACCACACCAACAAAGGCUCCAAUGGAGCCCGCGAAAACACCGACAAAUGAUGUGGAAGCGGUGCCAGAGUUCAAAGGCUUCGCAUCGAUCAAGCGUUCAAGCACCUCUUCCUCGCGUCGCAGCUCAACAACCCACCCACAAGACGUUGACUCGAGCGCAACGAAUCUGGCACGAUCUGGCACUUUGUCAUGGCAGCAGCGACCGAGACCUGGCUCGAGGAUAGGAGGAAGUAGGCCGCAGUCCAUGCUGUCACAAGAAAGCAGGCCCGUGGAAGAGAAGCCAGCACACGCGCGCGACUUAUCCAAGGAUGAGCCGGAGCCCACUCGGGAUCAAAUUGCAGCUUCCCUCGGCGCACGCGACCCAUCUUGGUUCAAGCAGACAGCAGAUCGAGGUGUCGGCUCGGCGGCGUAUAGAAAGAGCAAGGACGAGAUGUCACCCGCAGAGAGCGUCUUCUCCGGCCGACGAGGUCGUCCAGGCAUGUCAAGAGAGUCUUCGAUCGAGCCCGAGAGCCGCAGUCCGCCAGCAUCAGAAAGCCUCAAGUCAGAUUUGGUAUCAAGAGGAGGCUCAGUCCGCGACAGCACACUAUCCAAUGGCAGCAGAUACUCCGGCACCUCGACCUCUAGCGGCAAGGCAGACUUGAAAUCGCUCAUAGCCGCGGACGAGGACCAGCAGAAGGCAUCGCCGACCUUUGAUCAGUCGUCGACAACCAGUGGCGACUCGGGCAGCGUCGCGCGGACUUUGACCAUGUCAACAUCACAAGCCCGACUGACCAACGUCAACGAACGACCUGCAUCUCCAACCAAGGGCAUGGGUGGCUUCGUGCAGAGCGCUAUGAUGAAGCGGUCAGACAGUCAGAACAAACGAUGGAGUGCUCAGCCGGGUGCUGGUCUGAGCAGGAAUAAUUCCGUUGCCAGUGCUAGGAGUGGCCUAGGUGGUUUACAAAGCUCGUACAGCAUGCCGAAGCUCGACCCUUCAUCUGACAGUCAGGAGAGGCGUAAAGAACCUCAGUCACGACCUACGAGUUCGAGCAAUGAUCUUCCAAGCCUGGCAGCUAAUACUACGUAUAGUGAUGGCUUCGUAAAGCCAGCUUUACCGCGGCACCACAGCCGUAGCAAGUCUGUCGCGUCGAACUACAGCGCUUCUGAAGAUGCUGGCGUGCCACAAUCUCCUGGGAGUCCUUCCAAGCGUUAUAGUCCCACAAAGUCGAGUUGGCUUGAGAGCUCAAUAACGCGACCAGAAUCGCCAAAGCCAGCGCCAUCAAAGAAUGCCACGCCAAGCUGGAUGGCAGAUCUGGCGAAAGCGAAGGCUCAACGUGCAAGUGUAGACUUGACAUCUCUCACAACAGGGUCGAUGGAGGACGCUGAGCGACCACCUUCAAGACCUGGAUCUCCCACAAAGAACACUCCGUUCGGACCAGCUCUUUUGAAGCGGGCAGAGUCGAAAGACGCAGCCGGCAGUCCUCAGUCAACGACGCCAACCAACAAGAUGCGGCCCUUGCGACUGGCAGACAAGUUCACAUCCUCGCCAGCUGCGACAUCCCCUGCAUCGAAGCCGGAAGUAAGCGAACUUGCUUCGAGCGCACAGUUCAGAGCGCCAGUCGCCUCAGAAGCAAGCAAGACGCCGCCCAUUGCACAUGCAGAUGACCAAGCUUCUGCAGCUAUUCAAGGCACGGAAAAGUCAUCAUCGCGCGAGCAACUGCAGACCCCUCCAGAGAACGCCUCGGCGGUAGUUGACACAGCAACGACCCGUUCGACUGAGACGAAUGAGCCGACCCCUGCAUCAGCAUCUAACACACCAAAGCCGCUGCGAAGCCAGACGUUCAAGGCGGCCCCUGAGACCAAGCCCGAGCCCAAGCCAGACACACCCGCUAAGGCUCCAGUCACCGACUUUCGCAGUCAGUUAAAAUCGCGACCACGGGCUGAAACCAAGUCCAAGGAGGAGCCGGAGUUCCUGGCCAAGUUUGGUCAGCUUCGCAAAGCGCAACAAGAGAAGUUUGUCGCGCCUGAUGUGCUUAAGGAUAACAUCCUUCGCGGCAAGACAGGGCUGGCCGUUACUGGUGGUCCAGCCAAGACUAACCGCAAGGAUGAACUGAAAGAAAGCUUGCAGGCCAAGAAGGAUGACAUUCAGAAAGCCAAGGAAGAAGGGCGAGACUUGCCCGGUCAAGCACACGAACGUAAGACGAGUACUGUACCGCAACCGGUCCCAGCUAAACCAGAAGCUCUGGCGAAGAGGGAGUUACUGGCACGGUCAGACAGUGGUCGCAGCAUUCCUGAUCGCACUCGCGAAGCCACGCCCGAGGCUUUGUCGAGACACAAAAGCCUCAAGCAGAAGCCGAGCGCGAAGACUCCGGCCACUGAGACCCAGUCGGAAGCCAACGAUGGAUCACCGCACAAGCAGAUCCCCAUACAAAAGUCGUCGACUAUGCCAGCAGAAGCCGGAGCCAAAUUGCAGCCUCUAUCGAAGCAGGUGAGCGAAUCCAGCGCUGUCGAGAGCAAGCAGUCAAAGCUCGCUGCACGAUUCAAUCCUGGCCUGGCCAGUAUGCUAGCGCGUGGUCCACCUUCAGCUUCGCCAUCACGACCGGAGUCGCCGGCGACACCCGGGCGCGUGGCCUCGACAGCCCAGACCAGUACGAUUGAGCCUCCUGCGGCAGAAGCACCACUACAAGACGUACGUAAAGAUCGCGCCAAGGGUCCGAAACGACGCAAAGGCGUAGCCAAGACCGAGCUUGAUGCUGGCACGGCGUCCAGCGUUGACAAGCCUAGUGCUCAGAACAACCUUGCGUCUAGCAACCAAGAAAGUGUUGCAAAAGUGCAGGAGAAGCCAAAGAUGUCGUCGCCUCCUACAAAGCCCAAGCCUUCUGCGCUUGCUGGAUCAGCCGCUUCUGUAAUGCUGUCGUCACUCGACAAGUCUCCUUCUCCGCGCAUGACCAACAACGGGCCAUACGCCAAUGGCCACGCACAGAUUCCUCCAGAUAGCGCACAAGACGUUCCCGCCAAGCCCAAGUCACAGGCUCUGCCAGGCUCUGCCGCUGCAUUGAUGAGGGCCUCCUCGGGCAAGAGCCUACCCGACAAAGAGGAGAGCACAACAGCGAUGAGCAGAAGCAUUCCCACAAAGGAAAGCUUCUCACCCUUGCCGAGAGACAAGAAAGACAUCAAGGAUCUCAGUCCUGCGAAGGAGACAGCGGUGCCCGAAUUCAGAGGAUUCGGCUCAGCAAGGCCUCAUAAGGUGUCUCCAGCGCCAGAGGAGGACAAGGAGAAUGCUGGCAGUCCACUGCCUUCCGUCAAAGCCGCAGCGUCCCAAUGGGGUCGCAGGCCAGUGCCUGAGGAGAUCGCACCCUCGCCGCAGAUUGAGAGAUCAGCGGGACUCUUAGCGUCAACCCCCCAGCUGGCUACAAACAACGGUCUCGGGAUCAGCGUUGACAAGGCGAGGAACAAGGCCACAAGCACACCUCCAGCCUCUGCCGGCCUCCCACCAAAGCCUGCGAGAUCAUCGCGGGUGGUCAGCGGGCAGCUUGCAGAGGCUUCACCAAAUAAAGGUUCAGAGAACACGAUCGCUUCGGGAAGGCCCGAAGCCAAGACUGCUGCUGGACGAUUGCUCUUCGACACCUUUGAGACGAUACCGAAGUAUCACGAUCCUCUAGCUAUCAAUACGUCCACCGUCAUAGCGAGUGAGCUCGACAAGAACAUCGUGCUCGAGGACAUUAAGACCGUUCGGAAAUCUGUGCUCUUGGCAGCUCAGGACGGAUCCUUUCAGGGAUCGGCGUUGGCGCCACAAGAAGACUACACGUUCUUUGACGAGUCGAUAUACGCUUGCACACAUGUGCACACAACCUCAAAGGGCGCAAAGAAUACGCAUUUGUACCUCUGGGUCGGCGAGUCGGCUUCAGAGACUGCCAUGGAGGCAGCGAAUGGAACCGCAAAGCGUGUUGCCCGCGAAAAUGGAGCCGCGUCAGUACAAGUUAUACGGCAGGGCCACGAAACAGCACAAUUCUUACAAGCUAUGGGCGGCAUCUUCGUCACUCGUAGGGGCACCAGAGACACUUCACCGAAGCAGUACAUGCUUCUCGGCCGCAAAUACCUUGGCCACGUUGUGCUCGAUGAGGUCGACUACAGUGCGCAGUCACUUUGCCCGGGCUUCGUGUACCUGGUUUCGUACCCUGUCAAGCUACAGCAGACCAACUUGUACCUCUGGAAGGGACAGGCCUGUUCGGCAGAAGAAUUGAGUGCGUCUCGACUCGCUGCCAUGGACAUGAGUGAAACUGGCGAGAUCAUUGAAGUGGAUGGCGGAGCAGAAUUCUCGAGCUUCUUGAAAACCUUUGGAGCAAACACGACCAAGCAGGACGUACCAAAGCCUUCCGAGCUAUGGCAGCAGAAGGCUACGGCGCCUGGCAAGUUCAACAUACGGCUCUUUCGGGUACAGCAGGCUGGACCCAAACCUGGUCUCUUGACCUCUCUUUGGAAUCGUCGACCGAGUUGGAACCGUCUGUCACCAGCGCGAUCGCCAGCUCGAGAUCAAGACAAAGUCGAAGUUGAGGCUAAGGAGAUACCUUCGUUGGCACAGACACAGCUCGAGGCUGAGGGAGUCUACUUGCUUGAUGCUUCGAGUGAGCUUUACGUACUUCUUGGACCUCUGCACGCCUCUCAGCCCGAGAAGGUGCGGGAUACGAUUCUGGGCCAAACACUCUUGUUCGCUUCAGAUUAUGCAAUCAUGGCAGCCUCGAUGGAAGAUCGGAGGACAAUACCGAAGUGCUCGGUUUUGUUUUCGGGUGUGCCUAGGGAUAUAAAAAUACUGUUCAGGCAUUGGAAUGAAAGUCGAGGACUUUGGGGAACUGCGUCGUUGAUGGCAGGUCUGACGCAUGGAUCAGGCAACGAUCUGAGGGCUGUCCCAUUGGGAGACAUGUUGACCGAGGUCUGCAGGGAUUAG